AUGCCGCAGCAUCACCCGACACCUGGUGAGCUGCAGCCGACCCCGGACCAUGAGCUGAUAACCUGCCACACCACCUACAAGAAGGCACCCAAGUGGUCCUUCCCGGGGAGGUUGUCAGGAGUUAAGCCAUCAGGCACCGAGGUCGGUCAUUAUUCCUCCGACGACCCACAUCGUGACAUCAAUGGCCGCUACAAACGCGACCCUUCCUGGAGCAUGCGCUCUCCGAAGGACAACAGGAGCUCCUCCCUUCCACCAGGGCCCGGACGAUACAAUUCUCGCGAUGGUCCGCUGCGCUUUACUGCUCCAUCUUGGGGCUUCGGAUCCAGUUCCAAGGAGGCGGAGAAGUGGAUCCUGGAUGGGUCUGUGGGGCCUGGGCCGGCAGCCUACGCACCCAACCAUGGAGUCGUUCAGAGGGGCUCGCCGGCCUACUCGACGGCUGGGCGGGGCAAGGACAAAUCGCGUUCGAUGGGACCUGGCCCCGGUCACUAUGGCCCUCCGCGAAGCACAUUGAGGGGCAAAGUCGGAAGGUGGGGCGAUUCAUCGAAUUUGCGACCCAAGAGCGCUCCCUUCGACGACGGCAACGGCCGAAGUCCAGGCCCCAACUACAUGCCUGGAGAGGGACCUCAUGGACCGCGCUACAGCAUCGGAGCUCGACGGGAGGCUGCCAAGGUCAUGCUGGGCAGGUUGCCAGGACCAAGGACUCAGUUUGGCUACUGA